CGGCGUCGGAGCGCUUGUCAACCACAUACAUGGUGGCAGCAUCGGCGUCGGAGCGCUUGUCAACCACAUACAUGGUGGCAGCAUCGGCGUCGGAGCGCUUGUCAACCACGUACAUAGUGGCAGCAUCGGCAUCAGAGCGCUUGUCGACCACAUACAUAGUGGCGGCAUCGGCGUCAGAGCGCUUGUCAACCACAUACAUAGUGGCAGCAUCGGCGUCAGAGCGCUUGUCUACCAUGUUCAGGACCGGCAAAUUAGCUUCCGAACGGGUGUCUAUGUUUUUGAAGUUGUUACUCCUCUGUGGAGGUGCAGUGGCCAUUGAGAUAUAGAUCUCACCUGGGGAAGAUGGUGCUCCAGCGACUAUAGUCACAAGAAGAGCCGCAAUCGGCAAAAUAUUCUGGAGCUGCAUUUUGUUUUUUGCCUGUUGACUCCUCUAGAAACCGACACUGUUCAAGAUUCGAAUGGAAUUUCAAGUUGCAGAUCUUGGGUAGAGAAAACUAAUAUUGAACUAUAUUCGUUGUGGAUUUCAAGGCCAGGUUAACAUAUAUUUAUGCAGCAGAGUUGUCGGAUGCGCAUUCUGUGAUUUUGGUAACUGAGUAUAGGUAUGUCAUACCACAGGGUGUUGGUCACCUCGAUUCGGUCAACAUUGGAAAUAUCAGGCCUAAUGCAAUGGAGUUUCCAGCUGAAUGAUGCAGUCAUGAGGUGUGACACAUCCUUGGAAAACUUUCUUGACCGUGCAUAACUAUCAAUGACAUCCCCAGCUGUGAUAUUUACGCACCACUCCUGUCCUUUUAACGUUCCUCAAAAUGACUGUCAUAGAAAUCGUAUUAUUUGACUGGUCAAAGGCUGCUGCUAUGCGUAACCACUUGAAGGCCCUCAGCGAGAGGGCCGUCAACACCUUGUCAAAAGCAAUUGCCCUGUGGGUUUUGUCUCUUGGUCAGAGCACCACAAAGCUCACUUGAAAGAGAUGCCAAUAGAAAAGACUGUCAUCCAGCGGAAGCAAGUCAAGUUAGACUCAUGUCCGAAACUCCUAAUAGUCACACGCUUCGAUGUUCCGUCCAAUGUUUCCUUGGUCCUCUUCUACCCCUUAAUUCUUAAUUUCUCUUGCCCGAGAAAAUUUCUCUACCACGAGCCCUUUUUGUCCUUUAAAUAACAAUGGAGUGUAGGGAACAGAAACAUUCGAACGACGAUUCAUCAUUGCCUUCUUCCACAGAGAGUGCAGACACAACGGAUACAUUGCUCGAGAAGCCCCUAGCCCGCUAUCAUGAAAACACCCUACCAUUUUGGCGGGAACAUAUUAAAACUGUCCUUGCAACUGGUACAGCUUUUUUCUUCCUUGCCGCCUUCAGUGCAAUCGUUUUUGAGAAUAAUAUAAAGCUACAGAGAAAACUGCAAAGUAGCUUAAUAUACUCGCCCGCAAACGAGGCAUUGAAAUGGAACGUAGUUGAAUGGGAACAUGAUGAUGGUGCCCAUGGAGAUUAUGUGGGUGAACCACGACCUGUGCUUGAGAGAGCUUGGAGGGAUAUUUUUGAUAUUAUGAAUGUCAGGUUAUCAAAGCACGAUCUAGUCUCAGUAGGGCGGCUCGAGGAUGCUGUGGAAUUGCCAGAUGGUUCUGGGUUUGCUGGGACGCUCAAUGUCUUUCACGAACUCCACUGCAUUUGGUGGCUCUACAAAUACGUUCAUAAAGAUCACUAUUUCGAGGGUGCCACUCCCCAUGAACAAGCGAUUAUGAAACUGCAUUCUCACCAUUGCCUAAAUUAUUUACGCAAAACGGCCAUGUGCCACAGCGACGUGGGCAUCAUCACGUACAACUGGAAGCAGGGCACCCUGAAACCAAAGGCUACCGCAACGACCCAUCAAUGCGCAGACUGGAACCGCAUAACCGAAUGGGCAAGCUCCAGGUCCUUCAACAUGACGACUCCGGGAUAUAUUGUAAAUCCCACUUUAGGGCCUAUAUUCAAAGAAGGCGAGGAACAGGGAUUGGCCGUGGGCAUGCCAGAGCACGACGUGGACGUAGAUGUUGAUGCCAUUGGUUAG